AUGGCAUGCAAUACCGAUUUUUCUAUUUUCCGCAUCUCUAAAACCGAGCAUGUUGCCACCUCUGCCCGCAAAUACCGAACCCUCCGACUAGACGCCUUAGCAGCCUCUCCAGCGUCUUUCGCUUCCACGCAGGAGAUCGAGUCGGCAUUCACCAAUGAGGAAUGGAUACGAAGCAUAACCAGUCCCGAACGAGAAACGUUCAUUUGCGCCGCCACAUCUCUUCCAGGUCCUAUGAACAUGAGCUGGGUUGGUCAAGUCACCCUGCUCGGGCCCCUAUCCCAAGAGCCGUUGCCAGAAAACCACACCGGUACAUCAGAGAGCGUUGUCUCAGGACACGGCGACGGCGACGGUGACGAACGCUGGCAGAUGCUCAGCCUGUUCACAUUCCCUGAAUACAGGGGCCAGGGCCUCGGAGUGAAGCUAUGCCAGGAGGUCAUCCAAUUCGUCAAAGGUUAUCGAUCUCGCCCUGAGACUGCUCAACUUGACCUCAUUGUCAAGGCGAAGAAUACCCCUGCGAUUCGGCUUUAUGAGAGGCUGGGAUUCCGGCAUGUUAGACGGUGUACUCUUGUUGAGGCGCUGGUUGCGAAUGGGGACGGUCAUCUGUUACCGCCGGACAGGAGUGCGCCUAAGUAUACAGAGCUGACUGGACUGGUUAUGAGAAUGGUGAUUUCGCGUCAAUGA